UUUCAUUGGCCACUUUGUCAUCCGCCUCUAUUAUUCUAACCAAUCAGAGAGCUCGCAGGGCAGCAUUACGCUAUCGAGUUGCUGGGCAGAGAACACAAAAUCAACAUCAACGGAGAGUCCGCACGAACUUGGACGACGCGAUAAAGCAGGUGCGAAGGCACAUUUCAUACGCUGUUAAAACUUCAUUUCCUUAACCAUGGCAACUGACUGCGAGGCAUGGCUGAAUGCAAACCCAGUUGAAGCUGGAGAUCUCAGCGAUUCCUUCCCCUCUGGGGACGAGGACAACACCUUCACUGGAAACGUCAAUAACGAGAUCAACGGAAACUGGAUAUCGGCUCCCACCGGCAGCAUCCACGAGGCAAGACUCAAGGCCAAGGUGAAGAGACGUCUGAGGAAGAACUCCUCCAAGGACUCGGGCCGGGGCGACUCGCUGAGCGAUAACGGCGAUGUGGUCCGCUCUGUGGUUCCACCCACCAGCCCUAAGGGCAAACUGCUAAACAGGAGGUCGAAGAUGGGCAAGGGACGAGGCCUGCCGAAGAAAGGUGGGGCAGGGGGUAAAGGUGUAUGGGGAUCACCUGGGGAGGUUUACGGUGAAGAUGAAGUUGACGUUAAAGACCCCAAUUACGAUGCGGAGCAGGAGAACUGCGUAUAUGAGACGGUCGUCCUCCCUCUGGACGACGAGACGUUUGAGAAGACGGUCACUCCUAUUGUUCAAGAGUACUUUGAGCACGGAGAUGCUAAUGAAGUGGCGGAAUUGCUUGCUGAGCUGAACCUGGGCUGCAUGCGUGGCGACGUGCCCAUGCUAGCUGUAUCGCUAGCGCUGGAGGCCAAAGCCAGCCACAGGGAGCUGACGUCACGACUGCUCAGCGAGCUCUGCGGGUGUGUGCUCACUGCGGGCGACGUGGAGGCCUCCUUCCACAAACUGCUCAAAGAGCUGCCCGACCUGGUGCUGGACACACCUGGGGCUCCGCAGAUGCUCGGUCAGUUCAUCGCUCGAGCCGUCGCAGACAACAUCCUCCCAAAAAGCUUCAUAGACGGCUACAAAGGACGAGUGGACUGUGAAUACGCCAGAGCAGCUCUGGAUCGCGCCGCUGUGCUGCUGAGGAUGAGCCGAUGGACCGGCCUGCGCAUAGACAGUCUCUGGGGCUCAGGCGGCGGACAGAGACCUGUCAAUCAACUCAUCAAAGAGGUUAACCUGCUGCUGAAGGAGUUUCUGUUAUCAGGAGACACGGUGGAAGCCGAGCGCUGCUUGAGAGAACUGGAAGUCCCACAUUUCCACCAUGAGUUUGUGUAUGAGGCGGUUAUCAUGGUCCUGGAGUCUAAAGGCGACAGGACGCUUCAGAUGAUCCUGCAGCUGCUGAAGUCUCUCUGCGCCUCCACGGUCAUCACUGUGGACCAGCUGAGACGGGGGUUUGAGAGGGUGUAUCUGGACAUGGCAGAUCUCAGUAUUGACGUGCCGUGUGCGUAUUCGCUCCUGGAGCAGUUCGUGGAGCAGAGCUUUAACGCCGGGGUCAUCGAUAAAAAACUCAGAGACCUCUGUCCUUGUCGGGGCCGUAAGAGGUUCAUCAGUGAAGGAGACGGCGGGCGUCUCAAACUCUCGAGCUAAUGAGGUCAGGAGUCCCAGCCAUUUCCGUGGCAGCUGCUCCAGCCGUGAUGCUCACCGGAGCUUUGUAUUGCUUUAAGUUGCUUGUAUUUGUCAUGAAGGUUUAAGUACCAAAACCGUUCCUCCUGUCAGAACACAAUUGGACCACAGGGCCAGGCACUUUCAGUCUGAAGGAGACGUAAUCCCCCGAUCCUUCUGAUGUGACUUAUAUAAGCUAAUAAGUGCCACACUUAAGACUUAGUCAUUCCAUGUUUUGUAUUCCUGAGUUCACUGCCACUCCUGUUCUCCAGUCAGCAGUGUUUGUAGAGACUUGCAGAUUUGUGUACAUAGCUUUAUAAGUGCAAGUUCAGAGCUCUUUCUCCUCCUGGGCUGCUUUUGUAUACUGUGCUCCAGUUUGUGUUUUCCUUUAUUUCCUCUCUGACUUCUCAAAGAUGUCAUUUCUGAUGGUCACUGACGAAAGGACAAACCUGAGCAACGCACAGCAGCUGGGAUCAUUUCACAGAACAUUUAUUUUUAUAUUUCAGUAGACCGGUGGAUGUGGAAUGUACCCUGACCUACUUGCUCUUUGUUUAAAUUGGUUGAUGAAUAAAUAAUAAAAAGUUAUUGUCAUCACUGA